AACAGCACAAUGGCUUCAUAAAUUGUAGGAUCGUAGAACGGUUCUUCUCCCUCCCUCUCUCAUUUCCCGGAAUUGUUGGUCGUUGGGAUUCUGCAUCUCCUGGUUGAGGGAGUAGAGUUUGGGAUUGUGGCAGGCCGUUGUCUUUGAGGGAUGGAAUCGGAGUUUUUGGAGAUCCAACCGAGGGAACUCAAGUUUACAUUUGAGCUGAAGAAACAAAGUUCAUGUUCGGUGCGACUUUCCAACAAAUCCAAUGAAUAUGUAGCAUUCAAGGUUAAAACCACUUCUCCAAAGAGAUAUUGUGUACGACCCAACACAGGUGUUAUAAUGCCACGAUCAACGUGUGAUUUUACAGUUACCAUGCAAGCUCAGCGCUCUGCCCCACCUGACAUGCAACUGAAAGACAAGUUCCUUGUACAAAGCACCGUUGUUCCUUUUGGAAGCACUGAUGAGGAUAUCACAACUACCACCUUCUUGAAAGAAAGUGGCAAUUUUAUUGAAGAAUUCAAGUUGAGGGUUAUCCUUGUUAGCCCGCCACAUUCUCCAGUUUUGCAACCUUCUAAUGGAGCUUCGAAACAGGAGGCAGCAGAUGAAUCUCCUAGGUUAAAGCCAGCUUCUGUUUUUAAGGAAUCUCCUAUAGUGAAAGAAGCAUCCUCGUUUAAAAAUGAAUUUUCAGAUGAUAAGAACUUCGAUCCAUCUCAUGCUAAGGAGGUUGAGGAGUUAAAAUCAAAGAUAACCGUUCUCGAGUCUAAAUUAUCAGAGGUUAUAUCUACAAUGCUUUCUGCUUACGCCUUGUUUACAUGCUUGGUGCGCAGGCUGAAUGCCGAGGACUUGAAAUCAAAGAUGAACACCCUUCAAUCCAAAUUAGCUGAGGCCGAUAAGAUGAUCGCGACGUUGAGGGAAGAGAAGGCUGGGGGCAUUAAUGACCGGGACUUAUCACAGCAAGAAAUAAUUCUUCUGAGAAGGAAAGCUGCUUCCAAAGUUCAAGCUGGCUUCCCCACUUUCUUCGUUGUUUUUAUCUGGAUCGUUGGAAUAGCAAUUGGGUACCUUCUACGGUCAUCAAUCCAGAGAAUCCCAGAUUCUAAGAAUUAUGACAAAAGCAUCCUCUCCGAGCCACAGAGGAUGUUGUCUCAAUUUCUAGAUAUUGCCAAAAAUGUCCCAAAGUUGAUUGCUGCCCUUGAGCUCGAAGUUUUAUCAGAUGCAUACCUCGCGCUCAAGGCAUCAGAAGAAUUAUUUUAG